GGGCUCUGCUAGUUUCCCUGACGCUGCGCCCAGGAAAACUAAUCAAGGUAGGAUCAGCGAACAGGCGUAGGAGAGGAGACACUUUCCGUAGCAGAGAUGUUUCGCAAUCAGUACGACAACGAUGUAACAGUUUGGAGCCCGCAGGGCCGUAUUCAUCAGAUCGAGUAUGCCAUGGAGGCAGUGAAGCAGGGGUCUGCAACUGUAGGACUUAAAUCCAGAACUCACGCAGUCCUGGUUGCACUAAAGAGAGCCCAGUCUGAACUGGCUGCCCACCAGAAGAAGAUCCUUCAUGUUGACAACCACAUCGGCAUCUCCAUUGCUGGACUGACUGCUGAUGCCAGGCUGCUCUGUAACUUCAUGCGCCAGGAGUGCUUGGACUCGAGAUUCGUCUUCGACAGGCCCCUCCCUACGUCACGUCUUGUGUCUCUUGUUGGCAGCAAAACCCAAAUCCCAACACAGAGAUAUGGAAGGAGGCCCUACGGUGUUGGACUCCUCAUUGCUGGCUAUGAUGACAUGGGACCUCACAUCUUCCAGACCUGCCCAUCAGCAAACUACUUCGACUGCAAAGCCAUGUCCAUUGGAGCGCGCUCCCAGUCUGCACGCACCUACCUGGAGAGAUGCAUGGACAAGUUCUCCGACUGUAAUCUGAAUGACCUGGUCCAGCAUGGCCUCCGUGCUCUCAGAGAAACCCUCCCCACCGAGCAGGACCUCACUACCAAGAACGUUUCCAUUGGCAUUGUCGGGAAGGAAAUGGAGUUCACCAUUUAUGAUGAUGAUGAUGUUGCCCCAUUCCUGGAGGGUCUGGAGGAGAGGCCACAGAGAAAGGUUGCCCAGCCUGCAGAUGAACCCGCCGCCGCAGAGGCUCCUGAUGAACCAAUGGAGCACUAAGGCAGCGAGUCAGCCAGCGAUCUACUUCCUGUAGAUCCCACCAACUUGAUACUUACUGCAACUCAACAGAGUUGAAUUCUUAGAGGGCAAAGUUGUUGUGAUGUGCCACUUGCUAAACUGUUAAUCCAAAUAUAUUCUGUAACAUCAACCCAAGUGAUGUUGCUUUUGUAUGGGUAAAGUGUACCAAUAUACAAGUAAUAAAGUCUUUUUUUUU